AUGCCUGCAUACCACUCCAUUUUCCUGGAGGACCGCGAUGUCCCCGUAAUUGGAAACUUCCCUAUCCUCCCCCUCCGAACCCGCACUCGCGGCCCCGCAUACACAUUGCCCCCGCUUCCCAACACCGACGACCUCGAUGUCUCCCCAGAAAGCGAAUCAUACGAUUGCGUCGAUGAGAUUCUGUCGCUGUUCCGCGCGAACGUCCUGUUCCGCAAUUUCGAAAUCAAUGGCCCCGCCGACCGCAUGCUCAUCUACGGAACCCUGUUUAUCAGUGAAUGCCUGGGAAAGGUCAAGCUCACAAUGAACUCCCGUGAUGCCGAAAAGGCUCUUACCAACGCCGCACUUGACAACUUCGCUAUUCCUGGUGAUGUGUCGUUCCCCCUCAACCAGGCCUUCGAGGCCCCUCGUGAUCGCCAGGAUGCCGAGACUCUUCGCCAGUUCAUUGCGCAAGUGCGACAGGAGAUCGCCAUUCGCCUACACGCUAGAUUAUACCCCGGUGGAGUUGGACCUUCAAAGUUCUGGCUCAGUUUCACAAAGAGAAAGUUUAUGGGCAAGAGUCUCUAG